GCACGUGCUUUGUGCGUAACUCAUCUCCACGCGCCCCCCAGAUGAGAGCCUAUAUAAAGCGGCCUGUGUGUGGAGGUGAGGACGACACACCUCUGCUCUGACGCACUCAUGAAGACGGACAGCGCGGCGCAGGCCUCCUUCAGCGGGAGGAAGCAGAGUCUGAUCGAGGAUGCGAGGAGGGAGCGCAGCAGCGGGUCCUCGGGCUCCCCGGGGCCCUCCAGGGACCGGGGGGCCUCAAGGGACCGGGACGGACUGGUGUUCGAGGAGAAGGACGGCAGGGUCACAAUCAACGUGCUGUUCGCCCUCAGCAACGAGAAGAACGCGGGGUUCUUCAAAACGGGGAAAAUAUUCGAGACGUUUGAAGCCAAACUUCUUCACAUUGAAAGUCGACCUGGGAGGAAAUCAAAGAACAGCACGACAGACCUGGAGUUCUUCAUGAGGUGUGAAGUCCACAGCUCAGACCUCGACGUCUUCAUCAACUCGCUGAAGAGAGUGGCCGACGACGUUCGAUCUGUGCCCGACGAAAAAGUUCCCUGGUUCCCUCGACAGAUAAAAGACCUCGACAGAUGCAACUUGUUAAUCACCAAAUUUGAUCCGGACAUGGAUCAGGACCAUCCGGGAUACAAAGAUCCAGAGUACAGAAAGAGACGAGCGUUUAUCUCUGAGCUGGCCUUCAGAUACAAACAAGGCGACUCUUUGCCCGUCGUGGAGUACACACCUGAGGAAAUCUCCACAUGGAGGGAGGUGUACCGACAGCUGAGGAGUAUUUACACCGGUCUGGCCUGCAGGCAGUUCCUGGACGGUCUGCAGCAGCUGGAGAAGGAGUGCGGCUACGGAGAGGACCGCAUCCCUCAGCUCAGAGAGGUGUCUGCCUUCCUGAAAGAGAAAACAGGUUUCCAGCUGCGUCCAGUAGCCGGCCUGCUGUCCGCCAGAGACUUCCUGAACAGCCUGGCCUUCAGAGUGUUUCAGUGCACACAGUACAUCCGCCACUCAUCCGCACCCAUGCACUCCCCUGAACCAGACUGCUGCCAUGAGCUGCUCGGACAUAUUCCCAUGCUGGCGGAUAAAGAGUUCGCUCAGUUUUCACAGGAGAUUGGACUCGCCUCUCUUGGAGCUUCUGAUGAAGAUAUUGAGAAACUAUCAACAUUGUACUGGUUCACCGUCGAGUUUGGACUCUGCAAGCAGAACGGAGCGGUGAAAGCAUACGGAGCUGGACUCCUGUCAUCGUAUGGAGAGCUUGUGUACGCUCUGUCCAAUGAGCCCGAGUACAGGCCGUUUAACCCGGAGGAGACCGCAGUACAGCCGUACCAGGACCAGACCUACCAGCCGGUUUACUUUGUGUCUGAGAGCUUCGAGGACGCAAAGACAAAGAUGAGGAGAUACUCUGCAACCAUCAAGCGUCCCUUUGCAGUCCGCUACGACCCCUUCACCUGCAGUGUGGAGGUCCUGGACCAGCCCUGCAAGAUCCAGAACGCUCUGAGCCAGAUGAGAGAAGAACUGAAGACGCUUCACGGCGCUCUGGAGAAACUCAGCACGUCGUGAAAAGAUGGAAAGACGUCCUGCAGAGAUGAGAACGUCAGGCAGUUGGAUAAACUUGGCCUGUGUGAAUAUUCUGUUUAUAAGAUUCUGAAUGAGACAUCACAAUGUAGUCCAGUUUGUGAGGCUCUUCAAGGCCCUUCAUCUGUGUGUAUUUGCAUUAUGUAAAAAGGAAUAAAUGUUUAUUUUCAUGAA